AUGAAGCCAGAUGCCAUUGUGACCGUAAGCGCCCGUGCCCGAAUACAGGGGGUCCUGCUCUCGACCCCAGUCCAGUUCUUCAUUGCAUGGCGGAUUAAAGUCGUCAGUCAAUCGACUAUUAUGCCAGCCAUCAUAGUGUUCUUCGGAAUAUGUUCCUUUAUUGGCGGAGUAGCGGUGUUUGUGAUGACGGUACAGAUCAGCGAACGCAUGAACCUCACCGUCGUCGAGCCGGCGCUCAUCGUGUGGCUUGGGAGCUCAGCCGUGGCGGACGCGCUUAUCACACUUUCUCUGUCCAUGUCUCUGUUUCUCCGCACAUGGUUUGGGUUGUGGAGGGAUACUGCAAGAUUGCUGAAUGCUACGGGGACCAUCACCACCAUAUUCGCCUUGGCAGAUUUUAUCGUGUUCCUCCUUCUUCCGGCAACAAACAUCAAUUUCGUCUUCGACUUUACGCUGUGCAAGCUAUACACCAAUUCUCUACUGUCAACCCUAAACUCGCGCGACCCACAAGUACACACCGGCAACUCAGCGAGCGUGGGAACCGACGCCGCGCGUAGCAUCACCCAGAACGAUGCGAACCUGCUUUUCGGGCGGCUCACGAAAAGGCUCACAGCCGUCGUCACGCCAGGCAAGAUCAUCCGCCCGUCUUACAUUGCAGCUGCAGGAGCUAGCUCGAGUGAUAGGAAGAACACUGCUAUACACGAGGUAAUAGAGCUAGAUACCAAAGACCAUGCUCGGCGCAGUCAGAACGGAAAGUCAGGUUUGGAGGUCCACGUACACAAAGUGGUUGGCAGCACGCUGGUGUAG